AUGAAUAAUUCUGUGUAUAUGAUUGAUGGUGAUUCUGAUGAGGAAAUCUCUACCCAGCGAGCUAUUCAGGAAAGCUUACAAGAUAGUCAUAAAUUUGAAACAAGUGGCAAUGCAACAGAGAUUGAAAGUUUCCAGUAUACCACAAGUAAAGAACAUGGGCAGAUCAUUGCAGCAAUUCGCACAGGCCAAGAGGAGGCCUUGAAGAAGCUGGUGAAGCACAGUUCUGCUUUUGAAGAAGCAGAUGAGCAAGGCUGGCUUCCUGUGCAUGAAGCUGCAGCACAGCUAAAUAAGAACAUCCUUGAAAUAACUUUAAAAGCCUCCCGUGACAUUACGUGGGAACAGUCCACUCUGAAAGGGGAAACACCUCUCUUGGUGGCAGUAAGAAAUUGUAUUGUGGACAAUGUACACUUUCUCCUGCUCAAUGGCUGCAAUCCCAAUGUUAAAAAUGAAGAGGGAGAUUCUCCUUUAGUGAUAGCAAUUAAACUUGAUUCCUAUGACAUUGCGUCCUUGUUGCUGCGAUGUGGGGCCAGAGUGAAUUUGCGCUGUGUCCAUGAGAGAACUGCUCUGCACGAGGCAGCCAGACUGGGCAGGAAGGACCUGGUGCAGCUGCUCCUGGAUGCUGGAGCAGAUCCCGACCCCCGCAGUGGAUAUGGGCUCACACCUCUAGCACUGGCUGCACAGAUGGGACAUACAGAAAUUAUGGAGCUCUUACUGCAAAAAGGUGCAGAUGUUCUUUCACAGGCAAAGGACUGUGCUUCUAUAUUGUUUGAAGCAGCAGGAGGAGGAAAUCCAGAUUCUGUGAGUCUUUUACUAGAAUAUGGGGCUGAUGCCAAUGUACCAAAGCACUCGGGUCAUUUGCCAAUCCACAGAGCUGCAUAUAGAGGACACUUUCUAGCUCUAAAAUAUUUAGUUCCAGUGACUGAUUUUGCUGCCAUUAAAGAAAGUGGGAUAAGUCCAGUUCACUCAGCAGCAGCAGGAGCACAUCCUCAGUGCCUUGAGUUUCUCCUCCAGUCGGGUUUUGAUGCCAAUUUUAUGCUGGCUCAGCGAGUUCGCAAAGGCUACGACGACCACCGGAAAUCAGCGCUGUACUUCGCUGUUUCCAACGGGGAUAUCUGCUCAGCACAGCUGCUGCUGAACGCCGGAGCCCUGACCAACCAGGAUCCCAUCAACUGCCUCCAGAUAGCCUUGAGAAUGGGCAACUACGAGUUAAUGCAUCUGCUGCUCCGCCACGGGGCCAAUGUCAACUACUUCUGCCGUGUGAACACCACGCAUUUCCCUUCAGCUCUGCAGUACGCCCUCAAAGACGAGGUGAUGCUGAGGAUGCUGCUGAACUACGGCUACGACGUGCAGCGCUGCUUCGACUGCCCCCGGGGCAGCGGGGACCACUCCCAGUACGUGACCGCCGGCUGGACCUCCACCGUUAUCAAAGACACCAUGUUCUGUGAGGUGAUAACCUUGUCCUGGCUGAAGCACGUGUCUGGGAAAGUAGUGCGAGUCAUGCUGGAUUACGUCGAUCACGUUAAGAUUUGCUGGAAGCUCGAAGCUGUUCUCAAAGAACAGGAACUCUGGCCAGACAUUCAUUUCAUUUUAACAAACCCUCGCUCUCUGAAGCACCUUUGCCGGCUGAAGAUCCGGGCAUGCAUGGGACGGCUGCGGCUCCGCUGUCCUGUCUUCAUGUCCUUCCUUCCACUGCCAAACUGCUUGAAAGACUACAUCCUGUACAAGGAAUAUGAUCUUUAUGGACAGGAAAACUUCACGGGGAUCUACAACCUCAACUGUGCAUAAGUAUUAGUCCUGUACUUUGAAGGGAAUUUAAUGUGGACAAGACUGUUAUGCUUCUUUCUUUUGGGAUUUUCUCUCCUCUGUAUAUUAAGGAAUGCCAGCACUGUCCCCUCAGCCCCUGAAGAAAAUGGCAAGACCCCAAAAGGUAAGUAUUGGUGAUCCCAUUCUAAGGAUCUCCUGGACUAUGACCGAUCUGGAAGUUAUGCCAACAGUAUUUUAAAUGCCUAGUGUGCCAAGUUAAGGAAGUGUAGAAUACAGGGCUGCAGGCCUUGUGUUAUGGCUAAGUUAAAGCCUGUCAUAUCAGAUACCACUGCCCCCAUUCCAGGGUUAAACUCAGGGUUUAAAGGUCAGGGAUUUGACUAAAACCAGGAAGGGAUGUAGUUUUCUCUUGUGCUUCUUCUCUUCUCUUGACAAGUAGUUUUUAUUUGUGAAGUC